CUCUCGACAGCGUCCACGACCUCUUGCCGCUGCUGGAUGUGGUCUGCUCGCUCGCCGACGCUCGUUACCUCGCUCUAGUCGCCCGCUCGCUUCCCUCUGUUCGCAUCCUUGGCGGUGCCAUCACUUCGUUUCUCGACGCCUGCUAGCAGCACGUCGCACACCAGACCCUCCUUAUCCUAGCCGACGACCACAAUAGCCAAAUGGUAGACCACGCCUACCCCUCCGACGAGGAGCACUCUGUCCUCGAGGACGACUCCGACACCGACGGCGACUUCAUGGUCGACGACGACGAUGACGGCUCCUCGUCCCUCUCCAUCCCCAACGAGUCCAUUGACUUCGACCUCGUCUAUGCCCUGCACUCCUUCGCCGCCACCGUCGAGGGCCAGGCCAACGUCGUCAAGGGCGACAGCCUCUUCCUCAUGGACGACAGCAACAGCUACUGGUGGCUCGUCCGGGUCCUCAAGACCCAGGAGGUCGGCUACAUACCUGCAGAAAACAUCGAAACGCCCUUCGAGAGGCUCGCGCGCCUCAACAAGCACCGCAAUGUGGAUCUGGCAUCCGCAACCCAUGCCGAACUCGAAGAGACUCGCGACCGCCUUCUCGAGAACGUCUCUCGGGGAGCUGCCUCGCCAUCACCCACCCCUGCCGGUGCCCGCAGCUCGCGCCAUGCCAGAGGCGUUGCCUUCACAGCCGCCUUCUCCGUCCACCGUUAUCCCCCGGCCGUCUGGGGCGACGAAGACGAAGACGACGAAGACGUCGAAUGGGAUGACGAAGGGUACGAGGACGAGGACCCCGAGUUGGCCGAGGAGCAGGAGGAACGCGAGCGCGCGUCCAUGGCGGGAGGCGGUGCCGCAGGAAGUAUGCCGCCCAUGGAGCCAGACGACGGCAUGAGCUGGGAGGACGGCGCCGUCGAGCAGAUGCAAGCCAAGGAGCGGGAGGCCGCCACCACCGUCGCCGCCGCCGCAGCGGAAACCGAACGCCUGCGCCAGCAGAAGCAACAGGAGCAAGAGCUCCGCGAACAACAACAGCGCGAGCAGCAGACUCAGUCGCUGCGCAAGCAGCCGUCUCGCGAGCAAAUGCAGGUGCAAGUCGGCGGCGUGGAGGUCAUACCGAACUCGCCCACGAAAGCCACAAUGGACCCUGCGCACCAUGACCCCGCCUGUGGCGCGGUCGACGAUGCCAGACCUGGCGCCGCAGCAGCCAGGACGAACGCAAGCGUGACGCGAGGAAGAAGAAGAAGCUGCGCGCAAGAAGGCGAACACCCUGGCUGCCGAGCGUGCCAAAGCAGGGCUUGGGUCCACGGCAACCGCGCGCCCUGGCAACGGCGGAGGGAAGUUGCGCAAGGAACGCGACUCGACCGACGACGAGAGCGGAGGGAGAAGGACAAGAAAAGAAGAGCGGAGGUAUGUUCGGAGGGAUUUCAACCGCAAGAAGGACAAGGACAAGGACAAAGGGAGGGACAGAGGAGUGGACAGCAGCAGCGUCACAAGCGGAGGCAGCGACAGAGACCUCAGUCGCGAGUCAGAGGAAUCGGGCAAGUCACUCAAGGAUACCACUGCGACCCCGAGCCAUCUUCGCCCGUCACGGCGAUGGCAAGGCAGCAACAACAGCAGGGUGGCUACAGGGCCUCCCCUGUCGGCCAACCAGCCCAGCUUCCCCCGCAGCAGGGCCCACAGGGCCCGCAGACUCCGCCCCAGGUCAUGGCGAGCAUCUCCCAGCACGCUUCUCAGCUACGGCAGCGCGAUCAACAGCAACAAGCACUAUACCAGCAGUAUCUCAACCGCUCACCGUCCACGCCUCCCGAGGCCCAACCUUCGUACGGCUUACAGUCCGCGUCUGCGGUGCUUCAGGGCUCGGCGUCCUUCGUGUCCUCCUCUACUAGCUCUGCCUCCGGCCUCACCGUGAGUGCAUCCCGCCCACGCCCCGGAUCUUUGGUUCUCUCUCCCAGCGGUAUGGGCGGCAUGGACAAUCUGCUCCCUGAUCUCAGUGUCGUCCGCGUAUUUGCCGGCAGUCACCUGCAGACGGAGGCUACCUUCAAGACGGUCCUACUCAACGCUUCGACGACCGCACAGGACCUCGUGCGCCAGGCCAUCCAGCGUUUCCGGUUGCCGGCGGGCGAAGACGAGAAGGACUACUACCUCACCAUCAAGCAAGUCGAAGGCUCUUCAGCCGACUUGCGCCCGCAUGAGAAGCCUCUCGGCGUCUUUGAGUCGCUCGUUGAGGCGGCCCUGGAGCUCCCCAAGUUCUAUCUCAACCGCCGUGGAGGCGACCACGACCAGAGCAUGGAUGGGGAGGGCGACGAGACGUUGCUUGCGGAGAGCCUUCAGGGAGAAGACAUCGAAUCGCCCAGAUCCAAGCCACAGUACCUCACGGUCACCCCAACCAGUCCGACGAAUACGGUCACCGCGGAACGGUUCAGCUCACCGUCUUACAGGUUCCCCUUACAGCUCGUCAUAUUUCCGGACGAUCUCCCUGAAGACAUGGUGUUCGACCCGCAAACCGAAGCCAUCGUUUUCAAGAAUACGCUACGCGAUCGUCCUCAGGUAACGCCGUCACCCGGAGUGCCCCAGAACAUGCGCAAAAAAGUGUUCGUAUUCCCAAGGAAUGUCACUGUGGCCGAAGUCAUCGAACUUGGGCUGGAGCGAUUUGGUAUAUUGGAAGGCGUCGUCGACGGUGGUGACGAGAUAGAGGACAAGCUCACGAGACGCAGGAGUUCGUCACGCGUCCGUUAUGGGCUGGCGGUCGACGUGGGUGGCAAAGGCAAGUAUUCAUGUCCUGGUGUAGAGCGACAUCGCUUAGUAGACACUGCAGAACGCGAGUUGCCCCCGUCGAGCAAGGUCAUAGACGCCUUCCCACGUCCUCCGACUUAUCGUGCCAUGCAAUUCGCUAACAGCAAGCGUCGCUCCGUGGAUUCUGCUCAGCUCCUGGGAAGCCCCGAGGACGUCUCGCCGGAUGAUCCUGUCUUCAUCUUGCGCCGUGCGAUAGCAUAUCGUGUAACGUCUCGCCAUAGAAUGUCGGCACCUCUGGACGAGAUCGCUCUCCAGCAUAUGCAGCGAAACUCUGCAGCUAGCUCGAGCGCAGGUUCUGAUUCUACGGUUGGCCCGACUGAUGACGCCAAGUCACAGACCUCGCAAACGUCGAAGCAGGCGAUCAUUGCAGCGCAGCGCGCCGCAACUCGUGCUAGUCAACGCGCAGUACUGUCAACCCAAGCUAACGAGGCGCAGGGAUUGGACGUCGCACUUCCAGGCGGUGCUAUCGUUCGCAGUUUGCGAGGCGAGGUUGAUAACAGGAUGCGCUACUCCUACGUCGAGCCUGACGGCGAGACGUACGACAUCAGCAACAUCGUUGAGGAGGAAUGGAGAGGCGAGAGGGAAAGAUGGGCUCGGGGCAAAAUAGAUCGUGUCUUAAGCAAGAUCAAGCACGAGAAGGACGCCGCCCGUGUGGCCAUGUCGCGAUCGGGCUCGGACGCGCUUGUGGAUUCUCUCGGUGCCGCAGCUUCUCAUUCGCCGUCUCUGUACUCCACAGCAGACGAGAGGUCGUCUUCGCGGUCGGCCACGGCCACACCAACUACGAGUGGCAGAGCUUCUUCAAGUGCUGUGGCUCAGCGCGUACCGUCAUCCUUGUCUCGCAUCUCGAGCUACCGAACGGCCAGUCCUGGCGAAUCUUCGGACAGCCAUGGCAAGAGGAGUGUCACUCCCAACGCAAAUCAGCGACGCGCUCUGCCCCACGAACGACAAGGUUCUGCUUUCUCGGAAUCUGCCUAUCGCACGGCAGCCACUACCUCCCCUUCUGUGACCUCUGCCGGGCGAUAUCAGACACCUAUACCCACUCCCCGCCUCGUGCUGCCCAAGGACGACUUCGGGCUCGCACAGAUGAUGGCGAUCAUUGAGCUCAGAGCAUCUCAGCAGAAGAAAGUGCCAGAGUCAAUACCGCAGGAUCGGGUUGAUGAACUUUUGUUCGGCAAGCCUCACGAUGCGAACGUGCUACAUAAAGAUAUUCGCGAUAUCUACUCCAGUACCUUCAAGCAACUCGAAGAGAUGGAUCAGACUCUCGAGCAACUACUCCAUCUCGCCAUACCUACUCACAGAUAGCUGCUAAACACGUCAUGUUCGCUCCUCUACCACUCUCUUUGUUAAUAUUCUGCCCAGUCGUCGCUUGUUUUGACAUUGUUUCGUCCUCACGUUAGGUUGUACACUCGCAUAUCAUAUUCGUUGCAUCCCUGUUUGAUGAGACAGCGAUACUCGAACGUCCUUCGGUCACUUAGUGCGACCCUUGCCGGCUAAUAUGGUCUGCAACGGAGACCACCGCGCCAGACGUUUCCCCUGUAUUCUCUCUCACUGAACGUGGCUGUGACGCGGCCUUCCCUCAGCACGUCCCCAUGGCUGCAACUGCAUCAUACAGUAUAACCUUUCUGCGUCGCAUUGAUCGAGCCUCAACCAUCAUGCAUCA